AUGUCGACACAUACAUUUCCUAUAUAUAAGUUCGUACAACCGGAUUCGCUGAAACCUCAGUUACCGUUUGAACAAGGACCCGCAGUAGUUAUGGAAACUCUAACGAAAGAUUCUCAUAUGGAUCUGAACAAUAAUUAUUUGUCUGCUAGCAUGCAAUCAGUUGACUUUGCUGCGAAGUGGAUUUCUUAUGAUGAGAAUGAGAUUUAUCCCUUGCAAAUUAACUUCCCUGAAGUUGAUCUAAUCUUUUCUGGAGACAUGAGGAAUUCAAAAAUAUCUGUUUGUCCCAGUUGUUUGAAAAAUCCUAAAAAAUAUUUAUGCCCUCAAUUACAUCAUAUACCUUCUGAAAUUGAGUGCAUUCCUUUAAUGCAAAGAAGAUUUCUUUCUCCAGUAUUCUUACAUUGCUCCCUUGGAAGAAGUGCAGGCUCCAAUCCAUAUUCAGAAUAUCGUAAGCUUAUUGGUGAUGUAAAAUUCUCACGAAAUAUGCGUGCAUUAAAACUUUAUUCUGGAGUUGUUGGUGCUUUCCUAUCUACACAUGAAGAAGAGACCUGGCUUACUCCAAAUAUUUUUGCAGCUGCUAAAUGGCUUAGUCAGCAUAAUUGUUACAUUAAACCAUUAGUACAAUAUAUAUCAUCACUCUCAGCAAAUUCUCAACCCUUUCCUACUGCAUACCAUAGUUCAGGUGAUACAAGAGCUCCUCCAUUUCAGGAACGAGAUUUGGUUAUGCCAAAUGGAGACUUCUGUACAGAAAUCCAUAAUGAAGAUUUUCACUAUAUGCAUCUUAUGGCAG